ACCCGAUUAAGCGCCCUCUACUGGAUAUCCUCCCGAACCAAAACACAUCGCAUCUCGACGCUCUCUCUGCCGAUAACAACAAAAGGUAUUCUCUACGCCUACUUCUCAUUUCGUGCCGGUCAGUGACUCAAUACGUGGAAUGGUUUUAAGUUGAGUUUGGGUUCAGCCCGAAUUAAAAAAGUGCUUUAUUUCGAUACGAGUCGAUGUUGUAGUCGAGUCCCCGACGAAAUAGAAAAGACUCAACAUAUGAACACCGCCAGUUUGUUUUUACCUGAAAUCGCCAACAAAGUGAAUUUAUAGAAGAUGUUUAAGUUUAUAAAAGCGAAAGGGCCUCAUCAGACCGCUGAAAGGCAAAAAUUACAAAAGGAGUUGUUUUCUUAUCGAAGGACGUUACAACACGGUUUUCCACAUAAACCGACUGCAAUAGCAUGGGAUCCAACCCUUCGUUUAAUCUGCAUUGGUACAUCAACCGGUGCAAUAAAAGUUUUUGGAAAACCCGGAGUGGAAUUUUACGGCCAACAUUCAAAUUCAAUCGCGGUUACCCAACUAGUCUUUUUACCAAACGUUGGGAAAGUGGUUUCAUUAUGCGAGGAUAACUCGCUUCAUUUAUGGGAGGUAGAUAAAAGCUCCCUUGUUGAAGUUAAAACUCAAGCACUCGAAGGGAAAUUAAAAAAAAUCUCCGCAAUGUGUGUCGAAUCAACCGGAGAAGCCCUCCUUUUAGGAACGGAAGGUGGAAACAUCUACUUAUUAGAACUAAACACCUUCGAGAUGGUUCGAGAUAACAUCUACCAAGAAGACGUGAUGCAACACGUCCCACAAGAUUACAAAUUAAACCCAGGGGCGGUUGAGGCGAUUUUCGAACAACCCGGGCACCCCAACAACAUUUUAAUUGGUUAUAACCGUGGGCUAUUAGUCUUGUAUAAUCGCGCGGAUAAUGUUGCCUUAAAAACAUUUCCUUCCCAACAACAACUAGAAAGUUUGUGUUGGCACGAUGACGGUGAAGGUUUUACGACAUCACACAACGACGGCAGUUACCUCACGUGGGAAUUAAGCGAUUACAACGAUGAAGAUAACCCUUUACCGGAACCAACAACAACAUAUGGUCCUUUUCCAUGCAAAGCAAUCCCAAAAAUUAUUCGGAAAGAACUCAAUGAUCAACCAUUAAUUGUUUUUAGCGGUGGAUUACCCAGGGCUAGUUAUAGUGAUAAACAUACGGUGUCCGUUGUACAUGAUACAAAACAUGUUACUUUUGAAUUAACAAGCAAGAUAAUUGAUUUUUUGGUUGUUGAAUCACCACUUCAAGAAAAUGACGAAGACAAUGAGGAAGAAUCAGAAGAACAAUCUGGGGGUCCCGAUAUUUUAUUAAUUUUGGCCGAUGAAGAACUUGUUGCGAUUGAUCUUAAAUCGGAAGAUUGGAAAAUGAUGAAUUUGCCUUAUUUAGUGUCAUUACAUGCUUCUGCAGUGAUUUGUAGCCAACACGUUUCAAAUGUAUCAGAGGAGUUGUGGGUACAUUUAAAAGAAGCGGGUCGUGCCCAAACGAGCCAUAUGUAUUCAUCGAGAUCAUGGCCUAUUCAAGGGGGGAGUCUGUUGUGUUCAAAAGGGGAAACUCCUCGGCGCGAAUUAUUAUUAACCGGGCACGAGGAUGGAACAGUUCGAUUUUGGGAUGCUGGAUGUGUUAAUUUAACCCCGAUUUAUAAAUUUAGUACUUCCCAGUACUUUACAGGGGACGAUAUCGUUGAUGAUGCUGUAACAUCGCCGGAUGAUUCCGAGGAGGAGUGGCCCCCAUUUCGAAAAACUGGUAUUUUCGAUCCGUACUCGGACGAUGCACGUUUAGCGAUUAAGAAAAUAAGUUUGUGCCCCCUCUCGGGGACCUUAGCUGUUGCUGGAACAGCGGGGCAUAUCGUUUUGGCAAAAUUCGACACCGAAAUCUUAGAUGGAGAAGUAAAAGUGAACGUGAUGAACAUAGUGAGUGAUCGAGAUGGUUUCGUUUGGAAAGGCCACGAUCAAUUAACUCCGAAACAAGGAAAUAUUCGCCAAAAUCGCGGAUUUCAAGCCAACAACAUCGUACAACUUUACCCCCCAGCUGCGGUUACUUGCGUUGUAUUGCGCCCCGAUUGGGGGUUAUUAGCUGCGGGGACCGCGCAUGGAUUAGCCUUGUUUGAUUAUCAACGCCAAAAACCUGUUAUUGUUAAAUGUACUUUAAACCCAAACGAUCUUACUGGAGCUGGAGAUGCCCCAAUUUCGCGAAGAAAAUCUUUUAAGAAAUCGUUACGAGAAAGUUUUAGACGAUUACGUAAAGGAAGAUCAACAAGGAGAACUAAUCAAACUACUACAACUCCCACAACCCCAUCUUCACCCCCUCAAAGAAAACCCCCAACCACAGAAGAAGGUAAUUUUAGCCCUUUGGAUGCUAAACCUGUUGAGAGACAAAUUGAAGCGAGACCUGUUGAUGAUGGAAUGGGAUCAAUCGUUAGAUGUUUAUAUUUCGCGAGAACUUUUCUUAUUAAUGUACAAAACACCAUUCCAACUUUAUGGGCCGGAACUAAUAACGGAACAGUUUACGUAUUCACAAUUGGUUUGCCAUCAAAACGAGACACGGACGACGUUAUUUGCCAACUUGGAAAAGAGAUUCAAUUAAAACAUCGCGCCCCCGUGAUCGCAAUCGCCGUUUUAGACGGAGCUAGUAAACCCCUACCUGAGCCGUUGGAGGUUGAAAAAGGUUUAGCAAGUCUUCCCGAUCCCACCCAACCUCACCGUGUCGUCAUCGCCUCCGAAGAACAAUUCAAAAUAUUUACUUUACCAUCAUUAAAACCUUAUUGUAAAUAUAAAUUAACCGCCCACGAGGGUGCCCGCGUUAGGAGGAUGUCGUUCGCCAAUUUUUCUUGUACCUCAUCGGACACGAAUGUGACCCACACAGAAACCGAUUUAUUAUGUUUAACGAAUUUGGGAGAUUGCCUCGUUUUGAGUAUUCCCGAUUUAAAACGGCAACUAAAUGCGGCCGCUGUUCGUAGAGAAGAUAUCAAUGGAAUUUCCUCGUUGGUUUUUACCCGCGAUGGCGAAGCUUUGUAUUUCCAUUCAUCAUCUGAAUUACAAAGAAUAUCACUUUCCGCGACUAAAAUAACAUCGGCACGUUGUUAUUUAUCAAUAAAAGAUAAAAAGGUUACUCCUAUUGUUGAAAAUGAUUCAAUUAAUGGAGAUGCGACCGGAAAUGAUGGGGAAGAAGAAUCUUCCACGCCGAUUAUGAAUGGAAACGCUGAGAGUAAAGAAAGUAGUGUUGUCGAUAAGGCUGAAGAAGUGCGAGAAAACGGUGAUGAUACACUACAUAAUGUAACAGUGUCAAGCAGCAUCGGAGACAUAACUAUCGAUAGCGUAAAAGAUCACAUCGGUUCUGGAGAGGAAUUGGCGAGUCGUUUAUCUGGGGUUGCAAUCACUAAAACGGUUAUAACGACCGUUACUACGAAUCAAUCGGGGGAAGUUACCUCAAAUUCGACUACUACAACUACAAAUAAUGUUACUGAAGCGCACGAAAUCGUAGAGAGCGUGUCUUCCGGGUCAACUCACCAAUCAGAGAUUAAACAAGUUCAAGUAAGCGAUAUUUUAUUGAAAGCUCCAUUGGCUCUCGCUGAAGAAAUUGAUUCGGAUAAUGGGCAAAUUAAUGGAGGGGCCUAAAAUCCAUGAAAAAGCCAUAUCAAUAAAAUCUCGAAAAAAGAAAGCUUUUAAUUAAGUAAAUCAUCUCUUUAAAAUUGGAAUAAAUUAAAAUGGUUUCCGUAUAAGUUGUGUUUUGGGACCAUUUUAAAAUGGGAGAGAUGAAAAUGUAUUAAACAAAAAAAAAAGUUUAUUAUAACGAUUUAUUAUUAUUAAUAUUAUUAUUAUUAGGAAGAAUAAUAGGAUAUAUUUUCGUAUUCAAAGUAAAAAAAAAAAUAAUUAAAAUAAGGAAUGUGAGACGAUGUAGGUUUUAAUUUGUUAGUAUUUUUAACGCCUGCCUUUAAAUAAACACAAAAUAUAAAAUACGGCAACUAUUAAUUAAUAAAUUAAUUGUCAAACUUAUAAUCAUAAACAGAGCUUUUUUGCAAUUUUAUACAUUGAACAUUGUUAUUAGUAUGUAAGAAAAAAAUUGAUUAAUUAAUAGUUAUUAACAAAAAAAUCAUUAAAAAAGUAUUAAUAUAUU